AUGCCAUCUUCGAAGCUUUCAUCGCGUCGGGUCUUCGGCGCAUCCAGCAAAGCCACCAUGGCUGCGAACACGACUCCAAGUUCGAGUUCGGUUUCGGCCCCUACCAAAGAACUACCUGCACUUCCUCGUGCGUCUAAGCCUGAGAUUCAGGAGAACACACCCAAGAAAGCUUCAGGUCUCAGCGCGUCCGCAGCUUCAGACAUGCGUGGCAAGGCCUCAGUAGCCGUCACAACGUCAACUUUGGUUUCAAACAAGACCAUAGCUGCUACUACUCAAACAUCGAAGUCAAAACCCAAGAUACCCGUCAGCAAGAUUCCUCUGAGAGCCACCUGCGAGGAUGUCUCUGACGACCACGUCAAUCCAAACGUCUACGUCACACCUCCUGCGGGGGCAAAGGCAACCUCCAAUCCAAAGCUGAACUCAAAGGCCGCCUACCGCGACAUUCCCGCCUCAGAAAUCGACAUGAACCCCAAGAGUCCUAAGAGCCCAAAGACGGAAAACAACCCUACAGUGAAGGACGCCGUCUCACCAAAGAAGAAAAAGAAGGGCAAGAAGAAGAAAAAGUCGAAAGACGUACCGCCAGCUAAGAUCAGAAGUCCCACCCAGGAGGAGAAGCAGGCUCGUAUGGUUGAGCUGUAUAAGCUUUAUGAUAACCCAUUUCAGAAGCAGUAUGAGAGGAUCAAGGAGAGGGAAUUAAUGGCUUACCACGCUGGUGAGGGGGCCGUACCUGAGCAGGACGUCAACUUCGCUGUGAAUAUGGGAGAGUCUCGGGAUCUGGAGCUGGAUGAUCCUGAUGUGGCUAAACUGUUGAAUACAUUUGCGGAUUCAGUCCACCGGUCUCGUGUGAGAGGUACAGCUAUAGAUACCAAACCUGUUACGGAUCUCCUGCAGGGUCAAUCUAUCGUCAAAGUCGAUGUUAGAACUGCUGUUGUGAGCCGCGCGCAGGACUUCUGGUCUGAGCCGAAUGCGGUUCUGGGCCGUGAAGGCAAAAAUUUGAGCAAUAACUUCAAGGCUGCGCUGGAUAGAGCUGCGGGUGGCAAGAUCAACACCAUGGCAGUCGUCAGUAACAAAAGUGCUACCAAUGAAGUCAAGGCCAGUACGAGCACCGGCGGCGAGAAUAAGCGGGAAGCGGAUGGAUUGAGUGCAAAAGAGCUGGGACUGAAGGGUAGCGAGGAUACCGACAAGCUUGGAGAUGGGAUCCCGGCCCUGAAAAUUGGUACGACUAAUAUCAAGAACCCGAAGGGAAAAGCUACGAAGAUAGGCUCCAGAGUCAUUAAGAGUAGGGUGAAGCGCAUCAUCGAGGACACCGUGGCUUCUACUCCAGACCAACUAAAACUUAGCCUCGAGAGUGCGUUUCCGCAGCCAGUAUUCGACGAUUCGUGGUUUACACCAGACAUUAUUGUCCGGGUAUUCAAGCAUCCAAACCUACUAGCUAAGAAGCCGUCGUACGGCACUGACAUCAACACCUGCAUAGAAUACACUCUCCAGAAGAUAUAUCCGUCAUUCAAAAACGGCGAAUCUGAGUCCUUGAAGAUCCUCAUCUUGGUAAAUUGGGUCAACAGCUGUGCAGCGCUCUGGGGCCUGAUCGGCGAGAAAUGCAGCGAGCUGAAUUUCGGAGGUGGGUUCGGCCUGUGGAGUCUGAGCGGAACCAUCUGCGUAAUGAUACCAGAGGCCGCUCGACCAGGGAAAGACGACUAUCAGAUGUUGGACGAUACCAUGUCUUCCUUGACCAUUCUCUCGUUGUGGUUUAUCGAGGAAUAUAGCUGGGCGUAUGGCAACUUCAAGGAAACUGCGAAGAGUGCAGAGGAGGUUUUCCCGGACGACAAUAGCUUGAUUCAGGCUUUCGGUUACGCUAUCGGAACAAAGCACUUGCGGUUCCCUGCGAGAGAAAAAGUGAUCCAGGCUUCUAUUGCUCAGUAUCCUUGGUUCGAGAAAGCUGCGGUCGAAGUUGAGGCUGAGGCCGAGCCUGAUGAGAUGGUUGAGCAUCAAGACGAUUUUGAGACUUUCAAACCCAAAACCAACACAAUGUCCAAGUACGGCCGUACCAUUCCAGAGAUCAUGGCAUCCCUGCAACCAAUCUUGGAAGGAUUCUCUGACAUAACCGACGAUCCGGACGAGCAAGCUCUCGCUCUUGCAACCUUCCUCGACGGCGGUACCUCGCUCUGGAACCUCAUCCAUCUUCAAGUAAGCAAGGAAGAGCAGGCGGCGGGAAAAGGUCUCCCAGCGAUGUUGAAAGCUGUCUGGUACGCGGUUGGCAACAAGCGUAUAUCCAUGGAUGAGCGUAUGAACAUCGUAAGACGCCAUACCAUGUGGUUUAUCACCCACUGGAUGACUACAGGCGGUGAUAUGAAGGUGAUCAAAGAGAGGGCAUUGAAGGCUCUUCCGAAUGGGGAGGACGACUUGAUGGCUUUCAUGGAGAAGGAUCGUCAGUAUGUCAAGGCUAUUCUACAUCCUGAGAAAUACACAGUGCAGUUGCCGACCAAGCCUCAGAUCGAAAAAUCUACGCCCAAGGUUGUAUCCGCAGCAUUGCCAACUACCAUUCCUGAGGCCUUGGUGACCACGCCAGAGAAAGCAGCUAAAGCACUCCAAGCGACUGAGGUAUCUCCGCCAGUUCCAAAGCAUACAAUGCCGGUACAAACGGGAGCUCAGACUCAUCUGACCAUACAGAAACCUGUGCAGGAUUUUGAUCGUUUCCAUGCGUCUCCUCUGACCCCUAGGUCUGGGGAGGUAGCAUCUGGAUCCUCGAGCGUUGCUCUUGUAAAAAAGGCGUUUGAGACCAAGGCUGUGGAAGUCACUCGGAGUUUGACUGUUGCUGUUCCACAAAAGGCUGUGGUGUCCCAUGUCAUUGCUGAGCCGAAAUUUGAGAUGCCUGAGGUGAAGGGAAAAGGUGAAGCUGAGCAGGAUGAUUUUGAUGUCAAUCACGAGAGCAUGGAGUACAUCGCGCCUUCGUCGGUCUUCACAAACUCAGCAACCUCGCUUAGCAUUGUUCCAGCUAGCCGCGAGGUGAAUGCCGCCGAAAACAAUGUAACAUCAUCUGUUGGCCGAUCGCCCUUUCCUUCUUCAAUCUCAAAUACUCCCUCCUCCAUCCUCGACAGACCUUCCCCUGUUACCAACAACAAUUCGCAGAAAUCUACCCACCAAGACUCUACUACAGAUACAUCCGAGAAGAUGCAAAAUACCACCGCUCCUCCUACCCCACCCAUGACAUCUGAAGAACUAUCUACUCAGCCCGAUCUACACACAAUCCACAACACCCUCGCAACACUCUCGUCCACCUUAGCAGCAAUCCACAGCGCUCUCUACGGGACAUCCUCCAUCACCACUAUCGCCUCUCCACAUCCCGACAACAACGACAAAGAGGCUUUCACCACCAUCAAGACCGGUAUCGACGCCGAACUCAACACCAACGCCCAAGAAGCCGGCCUCAUUCUUGUAAGUGCUUGCUUAAGCGCCUGGCUCAAAGACGCGCAAUCGCAGAUCGUUGCCAUCGACACCAAGGUCUCCGCUCUAUCAACCAAGAUCGACGAUCUAGCUAGUGAGAACAAGGUAGUCAAGAACAUGGUCGAGGAAUUAAUUACCAUGGCCAAAUCAGGACGUGAAACUAGCGAGGAGGAACAGGGAGAGGGUGAAAACCUGUUGCAAGUCCUCCUUGAGGAAGUUAGAGAUGUCAAGGAGGACAUGGAGACAUUAAGUCGUGUCAAUGAUGGAGAAGAGCUUAACGGAAAGGCUCUGAUGAAAUGGCUUGAGAAGGCGAAGGAGAUGCAAGGUGUGAUGGAGCGUGCUAGGGAGGCGGGUGAGCUUAGAGAAGUUCUUUGGCCGCAGGGCGAUGGUAUUCUUGGUGAGAAAUUGGACCUUGUGGAGAGAAAGGCUGGGCGUGGUCGUAUCAGUGGUGAGUUGAGAGAGAAGGUUGUUGCGGCGAGAGAACUGUAUGUCAAGAUUGGCAAUCAGGCUGGUCGUGGACAGGGCGGUGGAGGAUUUUGUGCGAUUAUGUAG